AUGGAGCCCGCGGCCACCAGCAUCCAGGUGCUGCUCCAGGCGGCCGAGUUCCUGGAGCACUGCGAGCACCGAUACCCACUCGGCCUGGCCGAGGCCGAGCACGGCUACGCCGCGCUCUGCCCUGCGCCGUCGCGCCGGGCCGUGGGUAGCGUCAGGUCGAUGCACAACGCGCUGGAGAAGCACAGGAGAGCCCAGCUCCGGUGCUGUCUGGAGCGGCUGAAGCAGCAGGUACCGGUGGGUACGGGGCCAUCCCGUUCCACCACGCUGAGCCUCCUGCACCGUGCCCGACUUCAUAUCCAGAGGCUGGAGGAGCAGGAACUGAGAGCACGAAGGGCCAAGGACCAGCUGCGGGACCGACAGCGGAGCCUGCAGCGGCGGCUGGAACUGCUUCUCUUGCCCACUGAUGGGGAACGGGCACGGGCUGACAGCCUGGACUCGUCCCGGCUCUCAGAGCCCUCCGAGGAAGAGGAUGCCGAGGUAGAGGUAGAUGGUGUGGUGUUCAGCGGGGACCUGCUGCCCAGCUUUGGCACCGGGAGGGACCACAGCUACUCCAGCCCCCACAGCCCGGCAUCCUGA